UUUCUUUUUUUUUUUUCUUGAAGCGUGCGGGAGAAGGCGUCAUCACUGGAAAGGGCUUAUGUACAACCUGCUUCGCUAGUAGUAAGGAUUGUAGUGAGCAGAGUGAACACGGAGUUAGAAGUUCCAUAUAUCCUCUUUAAGUUUGGCUCCUGGCCAGUAUACACGUCUCUUUAAUAUUUGACGAAAUUUCUUUGAACAAACAGUUUUCACCUUGUGGUUUCAUCUCCAACUGUAAUCUUCUUUAAAGAAAAAAAAGAAAACUAUUACAAUUUUAUGUGAAGUGGUGGCGUGUUGACUAAAUAGAGUUGCUCAUGUUAGUUCAUCAACUAAUAAAUUUAGCACUAAACUCAGGAUGAACGAGUCGGCCAACAAGUUGAACGAGUCUUUGCUGAUGAUGAUGACGGGCGGAUACCAACUUCAUAAUGAGAGUAGCAGCACAAUAGAGGAUAAUGUCAUCUUCAUAGCCACGGCCUCUUCCAGCAAUUCAACAAGUUCGACUGGCUUUUACCAGAGCUUCCCCAUUUGUGUUUUGCCCAACGUUUCCGCUGCCAACAUAUCCGAGCCGGAGAAAUCCUACUUCCCGCUCUUUGAGUUUGUCAUCAGUUUGGUACUUUUGAUUGUCGUGGCUCUACCGGGCCUAGUCGGCAAUUUCAUUUCCAUUUUCAUUCUCUCACGACCCCAAAUGAGAACUUCUCUCAACGUCAUUCUGAUUGGUUUGGCGAGUUUCGAUUCGAUCCUGCUGCUCACAUCCAUUUUGCUGUUUGUCAUCCCGUCAAUUUACGCCUACAGCGGCGUGGGCGAGUUCUACUAUCGCCACAUCCACCCACUCAUAACACCUUACACGUUUGUUCUGGGUACGACGGCUCAGACGAGUUCGGUUUACUUGACGCUCACCGUGACGGUGGAGCGCUACAUCGCCGUCUGCCAUCCGCUGCGCGCACGUUCCUGGUGCACUUGCAAACGCGGCCGAAUGGCUGUCGUCAUUAUCGGAAUUUGUUCCCUUUUCUACAAUUUGCCUCGUUUCUUCGAAGUCGAACGCUGUUUGUACGUCGACAGCGAACUGGCUGAAUCGUGGAUAAUGCUCAUCCCGUCGCCGCUUCGCAAUGACAAAACGUACGUCACCUGGUACAUUGUGUCUCUCUACUUCAUCAUCAUGAAUUUCGUCCCCUUCACCUUGCUAGCCAUCCUCAACGGAGCUAUUUACAAACAGGUACGUAAAGCCAAUCGUGAACGCUCUUUGCUCACCAAUUCCCAGAAGAGGGAAAUCGGCUUGGCAACUAUGUUACUCUGCGUGGUAGCUGUCUUCUUCAUCUUCAAUAUACUGGCGAUGGUUGUGAACAUUUUUGAAGUUGCCAAUAUCCUGGUUGACGAAAUGACGCGCGUCAGCAAUCUACUAGUCUCCGUCAAUUCGUCCGUCAACUUUGUGAUUUAUUGCAUCUUCGGCGACAAGUUUCAACGCCUCUUUCUGCGCUACUUUUGCUACUGCUAUUGCUGCUGCAGGAGGAGAAGACCAUCUUGUGGGAGGAGCUCGCCUGACAACCCGGACAAUUCAGUUUCCAUGGGCACCAAUCCUGGAGAUAUUCAUCGAGUUUCUACAUUUUCAAAUCGGUCCAACAUUGCGCCAGGGCGAUUACUUUCGAUAUCCCGCUUGCCGAGACAUACAGUUCGCUCAAAUGGAAACAUCAAUGGCUACAUCUGCACCACAAGUAGAGGAGGUAUAAGUAGCAUUAACAUUUCACCAGCGUCUCGCUCCGCAUCCGACUGUUCCGGGCAGCUCUAUCGCUCCGCAAACAGACAUCAAUCUCCAUCGCCUCGGCCAAGCAUCCAGUACGACGGCAACACGUAUCACAGCAGAGCGAAACUAUCCAACGCUUAAGUCGGGUGGGGGUUAUUGCAUGGAAAUAUCUUUUUUUUUUUUUAUCGUGCAAUACAUACGAAUGUAACAAAUGUAUAUCAUUGCAUUGGAGAAAGCUUUGUGCAGCCAAAGGCGGAAGCGGUCUUCCUAUAUUUAUUUAGAAAACGAAGAUCAAUCACGAUCUUUAUUUGCCAUAUGCAGUUAAACUGUCCAAAUCAAAUUAAAAAAAAAAAAAAAAAAAAAAAAACAGUUAUUGUCGGUGCGUACUCACCACUCACGAUAAUAAUCCUAUUUAAAAAUUGACCUGAAAAAUUUAUAAUUCGGCAUGUGCAAACGUUGACUUGAUCGUUGUGGAGGAUGAUACACACACACAUGCAUUCAUUCCAUAUAUUUGUGUACAAUAUAGGGAGAGCCUCGCGCAAAUGAAAAUACAAUCCUUGUACUACCGUUGCCCUGCUGAAUUGACUCGCCAAGAUUUUUCUCCUGUCCAAAUAAGGGGCCAACUCCCAUUUUUCAAGAUUGUGUGUCUCUCUUCGCGGUCCAAGUAAUAUCAAUUUCAUGGGUCGUUUCGUUGUUUGCAUGUAUAUAUGUUGCGCAUAUAACAACGAAUGAGAGUCUGCCUAUAUAAACUGGUGGCGGCUGCUGUACUACACCAGAGCAGCAGCCCUUCCCAUGUAUAUAGUAUACUCUGUGUCGUUGUGCUCCGUUAGUUUUUGGUGACGGGCGCCGGCCCACUAAACGAAAGACCCUGCCUACAGCGUCGUCGUCGUCGUCAAAGGCAUAUGCGUCCUUGUUUUUUUUCUCGCAAUUUCAUUUUUUCUUUUUCUUUUCUAUUGCUACACACACUUUUGCUUUUUUUCUUAUUCGGGGAGAUCCGUUUUGUAUCAACUUGUAUGUUUCAAAAUCAAGCGUCACAUGUAGACCUUCUUAUUUGGUCCAACUAACUAUUUCAAGGAUGGUUUUGUAUUAUUAGAGCCGAAACUGGCCAGCCAGAAGAAGUUUACUGGACUGGACGAGACGACUUUCUCCGUCAAUCGAUUUGUCUUUUUUUUUUCUUUCCCGAUGAUCGGUUUCUUUUUUGAUAAAAAUUAAUGUGCCGUCACAUUUGUAACCUUACAGUAUGACGUGGCCUCGACUUCCUCUCUCUCUCUCCACAUGACCGCAGUCGUCGGUUCGGUCUCGUUUCACUUAUUAAAACCCACUAAAACUUAACUUGCUAAAAACUUCGACUCAUUUGAGAAUGUUGAAUCCAUUGAAGAUCAGAAAGUUUGUAGCUCUCGUUUGAAACAGUCGAGAGACUUCUCAAGCGUAACAUUGCGUGAAAGGCAAACUUUGUUUCCAGCUGUAAGCGGUAGAGAAAUGCUCACAGCUCUAUUGCUAUUGCUCUGUCACGUCGUGUAAACGGCAACAUAAAUAAUCAACUGCAUUUGGGGUAUGGAAUCUCGUAUUUAAUAUGAUUUCAUUUUCCCUAACGUGAAAUUGGAUUAUGUAAAGCGCAGGAUCAAAUAUUCUUAUCAACGGCAAUAACGAAACACCGUUGAAUGCGGUUGAGUGGACAAAUCUUGUAAUAUUUUGAUCUAGAUGUCGGUCGUCAAUCAAGUUGACAUUGUAUAUCGACAUCGUAUUUAAUGACAUUGUUCUUAUAGGAUUCAACCGACAAUCAAUUCUGAACAGAUGUGAACUAUUAGCAGUAUUGUUGUAUCCAACAAAGUCAUCGGGGAUAAUGUUCGCCAAUGAAAUAAUCAGCAGCAGCAGCAGAGCGGAUUGCAGUAAUCAUUUGCGCAACAUCGAGGAGGUUGACCAAGCAAAAUUUAUUAUAUCCUUGCAAUAAACCCCACCCUCUUUAUCCCCCCAUAAAAGAAUGCCAUUAGACUGUGGAUCUAUAUCCUAUACAUUCCUCUGAAGUGAGAGCUAGCGUAUAUAAAGCGAAAGACUGGUUGGAACUAUACCAACAGUCUCCCGUUCGAUUUCAAGCCUUAAACAGCCGUUUUGCUAGUAAGCAGCUCCAUCCCGUUCACUAUAUACAGCCAUGAAUUCUUUCAUUACGUUGGUUUUGUUGUCGGUUGCGGCCGUGCUCCUGACCCAAACCGCAGCGGCUCCUCCAUCUUACGGCAAAAGUUAUGGCGCUGUUCCAGCUUUGCCGCCUUUCGGGGUAGCUGCGAAACAUCCUCGUUACGGAUCCGGCUACGGAGGAUAUGGUGGUAACUACGGAAACAACGACUAUGUCAUUGCGUUGAGGUACGAAGAUCAAAAUCGAGAUAACUCCGGCAUUCAAACCUCUUACGCCUACGACGUUGAAGGCCAGAAAGUUCAAGUAGCACGUCUCGACCCAGUUUAUUAUAACAAAUACUAGAAAGCAAUCUUAUAAUGUACACAUGUCAUGAAAACCAACAACUUCAAUACAUAAUAUUUACAAUUGAUUAAAAA